AUGCCUUUUGUCUGGGAUGUCAAUCGCAACGACCCAGUUCGCGAAAAUUCCACUCUCACUUUUGGCCGUGAUGGUAACCUAGUCCUUGCUGAUGUUGAUGGUCGUAUCGUUUGGCAAACUAACACGGCGAACAAAGGUGUUACUGGUAUUUCCAUGCAACCUAAUGGGAAUUUAGUACUUCGUGAUAAAUAUGGGAGGUUUGUUUGGCAGAGUUUUCAUCGUCCAAGUGAUACACUUUUAGCAGGUCAAUCACUUACUCUCAAAGGCGGUGAGAAACUUAUUAGUCGCACAGCAUAUCCGGAUAGUCGAGAGGGUCAGCAUAGUAUUGUGGUCGACAAAAAAGGUUUGAUUAUGUAUUUGAACAAUUCAGGUAAUGUUCUUCAAUAUGCAGGUUGGGAAGCAAAAGGUCUUUCAAGUGUAACGUUCAAUUCGGUUCAUGAAGAUCCUCUUACUACUACUUAUUUCUUAACCCUUGGUUCUGCAAAGCAAUACGCUCCUAUUAAAGGAAUUCUACUCAAGAAAGUGAAUUACAACUAUUUGCAUUCAUAUCUUAGAAUAGAGUUUGAUGGAAACCUGAGACUUCAUACAGCUAAUACAGAACCUGAUCACAUGUCAUGGGGUGUCGCUUACGAGUACUUUGGGAAUAAAGUGGAAGAAUGUGCAUUAUAUAGAAAAUGUGGUUUGACUGGGUUUUGUGACAGGAGCAUAUGUGGUUCUUGCCCUCGUAAGGGUUCUUUAGGGUGUAUGAUCCAUCUCUGA